CUCACCUUCUGAAUUCUUUCCCUUUGCGACGGGACUUUUGAGAGAGACGCCUGAAGGAGCAUUUGAAGCCUCGGAAGGUUUGAGCUUGUCGAGAAGUCUGCUAGCAAAACUUGCUGAAGAAGCCCCUGUUUAACAAACCUGCGAAAGACGGUUCCUGGCCAGGAGAAGCACCAGCAGGGUGAUCAGCUGGAAGCCCAUACUAUGGCGCUUCCAGCAGAUGGAUCCCUAAUGUUGGAGGGACAUCGAGACAAAGGUAAGGAUCAUGGUAAGGUAUGGUUAAAUGAAGCCGACAUGGUUUCUGAAAACCAUGGAGAGGAGUUGAGGUAUAGUUCACCUCUGCAUUAUGUGGACUGUUCUACCAGCUCCAGUGGUAGCAAUACUACCAGCUCCAGUGAAGACAAGGUAGGAAAUUACUGUACUUCCAGCUCCGAUAAAGAUGAGGUUGAUAAUGAAGACCAGGAUGACUUUAAAUCCCAACUUCGGGUUGUCCAGGUCCUUCGACCAAACUUUAAAUUCCUGUGGGGUAUAGGAGUGCUUGAACAGUCAUUGAAACAUGUGAAUUUGAUGAUUGAUCAGCUGUGCUCCGCUGACAGUAGUCUGACAGUGGAUCGUGCCGAUGUUGCGUCACAGUUGCUUGAGAUUCUUCCCCCAAAUUUCAAAUACAUACAAGACAUUGGGGUGGCUCAGAAAUGUCAAGAAGACACAGCUCCCUGUACUUCACUUGAAGUCACAUCUGGACUUGAUAAACAGGAAGAGCCUAUUUUGCAUCCAGAAAAGUCCAGACCUAUCGCUACCUCGCAACAUCAUCAGGUAGGUUUGGAAGAGGACGGGGCUUCUUUGACUUCCAGCCACGCCAGGAGCACUACACAGAAGGUGGAUGCUGGGAAGGAGAACGACCCAUCAUCAAAGCUUAGUUUUGGUACUGUGCUUCCUUCCAGCUUUAAAUUCACAUUUGGACUUGACAAACAGGAAGAGCCAAUUUUGCAUCCACAGGACUCCACACCUGUCAGUACCUCGCAACAUCAUCAGGUAGAUUUGAAAGAGGACGCGGCUUCUUUGACUUCUGGCCGAGCCAGGAGAACAACGAUGAAGGUGGAUGCUGCGAAGGAGGACGACCCAACAUUAAAGCUUAGUUUUGGUACCGUACUUUCUUCACUCUUUAUAUUCACAUCUGGACUUGACAAAAAGCAAGAGCCCAAACCAGAGGACUCCAGCCCAAUCUGUACCUCGCCACAACCUCUUGGGGGUUGGAAAAAUUUAGUGGCUUCUUUGACUUUUGGCUGUGCCAACAGAACUACAAAGAUGGUGGAUGCUGCAAAGGAGGACGACCCAAAGCCUAGUCAUCAGGUAGGUUUGAAAGAGGACGCAGGUCAUGUGACAUCUGUGACUGGCAUAAAUGGAAAGAGGACAAAGGACAGUGAUGCUGAAGAGCAGCCCCCAGCCAAGAGGACUAGGGACACUGUUGCUGAAGAGGAGCUCCCCACGAAGAGGACCAGGGAUAGUGAUGAUGCUAAACAGGAGCCCUCUGCCAGGAGGAUCAGGGAGAACCAAGCUGAUGAUGAGCUCCCCUCCAAGAGGACCAAAUAUAGUGAUGAUGCCAGUUGGGACGACGUCCUUCAAAGAAUCGGUAGAAGGUUGGCAUGGAGAUAUGGUAAAGAAUGGGAGGACGAGCCCAUUCCAUCAAUCCCAAUCCACCGAAAGACAGAAUAUGAAGAUCCCAUUCUGUUAUCCCUUAUCCUCAGUCCCUCGUAUAGAAUGGCAUGUUCACCUCCUGUUUUGUCAUCCCCUGUCCUCAGUCCCUUACAAGGGAUGGUGCAUGAGGAUCCUUUUCUCUCAUCCCCCGUCCUCAGUCCGUUACCCUUGACGCACUGUGAACAUCCCAUUCUGUCACCCCGUGUAUUCAGUCCUUCGCCAUCAACACACUGUGAAAAUCCAACUGUGUCAUCCCCUGACUUCUGUUUCUGGAUGGAGUCUGAAGGGGACAUAGAAGAGGAACCAAUACCAUCAACAUCUAGUGGAAUUACAGAAAGAGUGAGUUCCAGACAUGUGUGGUUUAGACCUUGCUACGUCUUGUCAAGUGACUCUGAGUAGAUUGGGAUCCGUAAAAACUGAAGACUUUUUUGGGAAGUCACAUUAGGAUAUAGUUAUUUCUCAGGGUUUUUUUUAUUAAAGAGUUUCUAGCAAACCUGAGGGAAACCUUAGGUAGAGCCUUGCACCGGGUUUUCUUCAUUGUGUUUUUCUCUUAUCUUUCCCAUGUUGCAGGGUGUAAUAGCGGUUCUUUCCCACAUGGGGCUCUCCAGUACAGUAAAUUAUUCUAUCCUGUUCCUCUACUAAUCCACUCUCCCAAGUUUUUAAUCUUUCAGGUUGUAGCUGCUCAUCACUGGAUCCUUUCAUCGUUGCCCAUGUGGUUCCUGCCUUCUGGAUCUCUUGUUUUUCACACUGCUUGUUGGAUCUCCUCAGCCUGUAAACCUCCACCUUCAACACCACCAGUCAGGUGGAGGAAGAUAAGAGAACCCUGUGGAAAAAAAUAUGUAAGGAAACUUACUUUCAUUUUAAAUAUGGAUAAAAAUUGAGGUCAAAUUUCAAAAUUGUUCUUUCUUCUGUCCAUGUAUACUCUAUUUGUUAACCCUGUUGUCUUUUCUCUAUUUCAUUUCUACAUCAACUCAUGUCUCAUGACAUGAGUUGACCAACAAUUAAAGCAGAAGACCUGCUCCAGCUGUAAACCUCCACCUUCAACACCACCAGUCAGGUGGAGGAAGAUAAGAGAACCCUGUGGAAAAAAAUGUAAGAACAGUUAUAUCUACACAACAUGACUAAUCAUUUCAAAUAUAACUGCAGAGAGUUGAGCUGAAAGUUAGAAACUGUUUCUGUCUGCUGCAUAUUUUCCUCUUUAACUCUGUUGUCUUUUCUCUUUAUUUCAUUUCUCCGUCAACUCAUGUCACAUGACAUGAGUUGACCAACAAUUAAAGAAGAAGACCUGCUGCAGCUGCUGAUCUACUGGUUGUAACAGAUUGUGGAAAAGCAUAACUGAGACAAAACAACGGACCAAUCAGGAGACAGAAGACAGAGGACUAAAACGAAAAUAUUAUGUGUCAAAAAAGGCAGAUGAUCCAGUGGCUCCAGGUUUACACACCAUCUGUUGAUCAGCAUUUAGGAGCUUUUACUUUGGAAAUUCCCAUGAAGAUGCCAGGCUGCCUGUAGCCCCUUCCUAUGAAUCCACCAAAGUAAUAUUUAGCCUUUUUUGGGUGAAGUUAGCUUUAAAAAAUCUUCUAUGAGUAAGUUUUUCCCACCUAAGAGAGAAGGAGCAGAAGAAGAAGGAAUGAAUGAAUGACUGUUACAUAACAAGUGAAUCUAACAGGUCCUGCAGGUUAAUGACAUUUGACUUGUAUCACAGACAUGCGUCUCUGAAACCGCUGCAGAAGUGAUGAGAUCACGUGGAUGUCACAAUCUCUUCUUUCAACUGAUCUUUUGAGGGAGAUUCAGAUGGAGAAGCGGAAUAAAAAUCAACAGUGGAAACGGCUCAAACAAUGACAGAUGAGGAGCCGAUCACUUUUAGACUCACACUCACCCACAUCCACCUCCCACCUCCUCUCAUCUGACAGACUCCACACACUGAGCCUCUCUCAUCGCUUUAAAACCUCCUCACCUCCAUCACUGUCAGGGACAUAAAACAUCCUGACGUGAGUUUAUCCGACUGGCUGACGUGGAUGCAGAUACUCUGAGGGGCGUUUGUGUCUUCUAGGUACUCAGAGCAGGUGGAGUGUGUCGUUUUCCAGAAGAGUGAUCUGUGUUUGGGUAGGAACUACAGCAACUCUGCCCUGUCGUCAUGACUACCCCUCAGGAUAUGUUUCAGUGAACAACCACAAUGUGUAAAACUCCCCAGGUCACACUGUGAGGCGCGUUAUGUGGGUCCGUCUUUCUGUUGUGGGUCACAGGAGGUUUGCUCACCGCACCGACCCCAACCAGAUCAGCCUGUCUCACCGCGCUACGCCGGGGGAAGAUGUUCAGUUCAGAUUCAGGGUGUGAAAGCUGGCCGAUGUGGGCCAGGUUUGAGACAGACCAACCGCUGGGAAGAUGGACCUCACCUGACGCCAUUAGUCUGGAUGUAACAGCUCGACUCUCUUGUCAAAACAUCAAUGACUUUCAAAACAGACAGUGAGGUUUCUGGUGCCUGGCUGGAGACAAGAUUCUGAUUAUUCAAGUGCCAAAACAAAAUAUCAGAAUAAAUAGUUAGAAGGCAGAUUUGUUUUCUAUUCAUUAUUGUUUUCAUUAUAGAUGGUCCAUAACGCAAAAUCCAUCAGUGCUGUAAGUUUAAUAAAAUGUUCUUCUUUCAA